GCCUCGCGUCGAAGCAUCUCCGUCCUCCCCUUUGCCAUUAUCUCUCUCUCACACACACUCUCUCUCUCUCUCUCUCUGGCCUACCAAAAAAAAAAUACUUGAAUGCAUUCUUAAUUUGUUCUGAUUCUCCCACUUGACCAAUCCCGUGAAGAUAAACACUGCUGCCGACGCUUCUCGCUGAUUGCUCUGACCUGGCCUGUGUUGCGGAAGAAAAGUUUCUUCUGUUUUGGUUGCAGGAGAAUGGGUUUGAUUUCUGGAAUUCUGUUCGGGAUUGUCUUCGGCGUAGCUCUAAUGGCUGGCUGGAGUCGUAUGAUGACGCACCGAUCCUCCAAGCGAGUCGCCAAGGCAGUUGAUAUGAAACUUCUUGGCUCUCUUAGCAGGGAAGAUUUGAAGAAAAUAUGUGGUGAUAAUUUUCCACAGUGGAUAUCGUUUCCAGCAUUUGAUCAGGUCAAAUGGCUGAAUAAAUUACUGAGCAAGAUGUGGCCAUAUGUUGCUGAGGCAGCAACUAUGGUAAUAAGAGAUUCUGUUGAACCUCUGCUUGAAGAUUACAGACCACCAGGAAUUACUUCCUUGAAGUUCAGCAAAUUGACGUUGGGUAACGUAGCACCAAAGAUUGAAGGUAUUCGUGUUCAAAGUUUCAAGGAAGGUCAAGUCACAAUGGAUGUGGAUCUUCGAUGGGGUGGUGAUCCAAAUAUUGUUUUAGGUGUCACAGCACUUGUUGCUUCUAUACCCAUUCAGUUGAAGGAUCUUCAAGUUUUCACAGUUGCACGUGUUAUCUUUCAACUUGCGGAUGAGAUUCCUUGUAUAUCUGCUGUUGUUGUUGCUCUACUUGCUGAGCCAAAACCGAGAAUUGAUUACACUCUGAAGGCUGUUGGUGGAAGCUUAACAGCAAUUCCUGGACUAUCUGAUAUGAUUGAUGAUACUGUUGAUACUAUCGUCAAAGACAUGCUUCAGUGGCCUCAUAGAAUUGUAGUUCCCAUUGGUGGUAUUCCUGUUGAUUUAAGUGAUUUGGAGCUUAAGCCACAGGGAAAGCUUAUAGUAACAGUUUUGAAAGCAACAAACUUGAAGAACAAGGAGUUGAUUGGAAAAUCUGACCCUUAUGCUACUAUCCACAUUCGUCCUGUAUUCAAGUAUAAAACAAAGGCAAUCGAGAACAAUCUGAAUCCUGUUUGGGACCAAACAUUUGAAUUAAUUGCAGAGGACAAAGAAACCCAGUCGCUCACUGUAGAGGUAUUUGAUAAAGACGUAGGUCAAGAUGAGCGUCUAGGGCUUGUGAAACUUCCCUUGAGCAGUUUGGAAAACGGAGUUACAAAAGAAAUGGAGCUAAAUCUGUUGUCUUCACUUGAUACUUUGAAAGUGAAAGAUAAGAAAGAUAGAGGAAGUAUAACUCUUAAGGUACAUUAUCAUGAGUUCAACAAAGAUGAGCAAAUGGCGGCAUUAGAAGAGGAGAAGAAAAUCAUGGAGGAAAGGAAGAGACUGAAAGAAGCAGGUGUGAUAGGUAGCACAAUGGAUGCAGUUGGGAUGGUGGGAAGUGGGCUCGGUGCUGGUGUAGGAAUGGUUGGGACUGGGAUCGGCGCAGGAGUCGGGUUGGUUGGGACCGGAGUGAGCUCAGGUGUUGGGAUGGUUGGUAGUGGCUUUGGGGCUGUCGGUAGCGGAUUGAGCAAGGCAGGGAGAUUUAUGGGUAGAACAAUUACAGGUCAGUCUAGCAAACGCAGUGGUUCCUCCACACCUGUGAAUACCGUACAAGAGAAUGAUGGUGCCAAACAACAGUAAGUAAAACAUUGGGUUCAAGCAAGAUUUGUGAUCAUAACAUCGUGUUACUCUGGCCAUGCGAUGGCGACUUCUUUUUUACUCUUUAUUGUUAAUUGUCUUUUCUUAACUUGACUCGAAUUUGGUUUCUGGAUUCACUGCAUCUAUUUGUUUUUCGUUGUGAGCUUUCCAAAUUAAAAAAUCUUGUACAAAGUCAUUUGUUUAAUCGUCCCAUAAACAAUAGAUCUUCCUGUCUAAUGAUUUGGUGGUUUAACUUA